UCUCUCCCUCCACCCCUCCCUCUCUCCGGCUCAUUGUCCGCUGCUCCCCCGGCGCACCGUUAUGUUUGUCAGUCUGGGUUCAGCAGGAUAAUACCGGACCCACCGCCGCUCUGUCAGACCGACCAGACGUCCAGCGCUCUCGGAGCUUCUUCUCACUCCAUCUUUAUUCAGAGAGUUUAAUUCAGAGCCUUAUUUAGAUAAAUAACUCAUGAUUUCUGCUGAUUUAACACUGUAUCCAGCACCAGGCGGCGAGGAGGAGCGCGCGGUUCACACGCGGGUCCCACAGCUCGGGCACGGGCUCUAACUUACUGCGACCAGGACAAAACAGCAGGAAAACUGCUUUAAAAACACCAGAAAACACGAGGAAACUCCAGUAAACAGCAGGAAAACUCCUCUAAAAACAGAAUGGAAGCGCUGGAUCUGAGGAAACAGAAACUGGCCGGGUCUACACAGUAAUGAAGAUGAGAGCUGCUGGCCUGACGCUUUUGGAACGUGUGCUGACGAUGGGCUGGGAGAUACACUGCGUCCGGCGCUCUUUCUGACAGCUGGGAAUUUCAACACAGCAGAACACCCCCCCCACCCACGAGCCGCCAUCAUGGCGAGUCUGGGUCUUAACGAGACCGGCCUGCAGAACUGCAGCAUCGACGACUCCUUCAAGUACAACCUGUACGGCGUGGUGUACACCGUCGCCUUCGUGCUGGGCCUCGUCACCAACUGCGCCUCGCUCUUCGUCUUCUGCUGCCGCAUGAAAAUGCGCAACGAAACCACGCUCUUCAUGACCAACCUGGCUUUGUCCGACUUGAUAUUCGUGUUCACUCUGCCGUUCAAGAUUUACUACAACGUCAGGCGCCACUGGCCGUUUGGCGACGGGCUCUGCAAGAUUUCUGGAGGAGCUUUUAUAACCAACAUCUACGGCAGCAUGCUGUUCCUCACCUGCAUCAGCGUGGACCGCUUCCUGGCCAUCGUUUACCCCUUCCGCUCGCGCUCCAUACGCACCCGUCGCAAUGCCGGCAUCGUGUGCGUUCUGAUCUGGAUGCUCAUCUUGGGCGGCGGCAUGUCGGUGACUUUCUUCUCGGCCACCAACCACGCCAAAAACAGCACCACGUGCUUCGAGGGCUUUUCACAGAAAACCUGGAAGACCUACCUGUCUAAGAUCACCAUCUUCAUCGAGGUGGUGGGCUUCCUCAUCCCUUUGCUCAUCAAUCUCGCCUGCUCUUCCAUGGUUCUUCGAACACUGCGCAGACCCGCCACGCUCUGCCAAAUCGGCACCAAUAAAGAACGCGUUCUGCGCAUGAUAGUGGUGCACUUGGCCAUUUUCAUCGUCUGCUUCGUGCCUUAUAACUCCGUUCUGUUCGUCUACGCCAUGGUGCGCACUCAAGCCGUGGAUAGCUGUUGGCUCGAAGUCUUGGCGCGAACUCUCUACCCAAUAACGCUCUGCAUAGCCACCCUCAACUGCUGCUUCGACCCAGUGGUCUACUACUUCACCUCAGAGUCCUUUAAGAAGUCUCUAACCACGGGAAAGUCUCAGACCAAGCAGGAAAACACACUGCGCAGCGAAGGACCCGUGUCGAGCAAAGACAACACCAACACGGAACUAGUUGAAACGAACACUUCAGUAAUGUCCAGUAAUGGAAAAGAACUGAUUACAGAGACUCAGUUUUGAGCAUAAUAUACAAAUAUAAAAAUAUACUAAUAUACAAAGCAGCUUCAGUGCAGGAGUCUCAGGAAAGUUCAAGAGAAGCUUUGUUAAGUUCUGUUCUGAGGCCACAGCUCUACGGAUUAUGCUCAGCCAGAGGAAAUCAUUGGAAUUUGGUCUGUUUUUCGGCCAACACAUGGACGUGGAACCUCUUGUAGGCCAAGAGGCUUAUUAUCAGUAUUAUUAUUAUAUCAUCAUUUUAAUGUGACUGUUCAGGUCAGGUCCAACACUGUUCUGUUUGUGUCUCUUUGAAAAAAAAAUAGAAAACUCUCAUUAACAUGACUUCCUUUAGCUGUUGGACGUUUCCACAUUUCCAAAUGGACAGUGCUAAGGGUCGUUGGGUCACCUGUAAUGAUUAUAAAUACAGUAGCCAUUGUUCUAAACCUAUUCAAUCCUACACAGGUUUUCUACACAAUCAGAAUAAUUAGUGUGUGUGUGUAUCUGUGUGUAUCUGUGUGUGUGUGUGUUCGUUCCUGUUGGAAGAUUGUAACUACAGUACUUAGCACUGCUAACUUAACUGAUACUACAAAUACAAGUACGCUUUGUAAGAUUUGUCGCUGAAGUAUCUUAACCGUCUAAAUUUCUCAGUGUGCGUUUGUGCACACACACAAUUGCACUGAAUUUCAGUUAAAGAGUUGUGUUUUUAUAUAAUGACAAAUUCCUGUCUUCCUGUGUGAAAGUGCCAGGUCUGAACGAACUGUUUAAGCUCCUCCUAACAAGACAGCACUUUUAUAUGUUGCAUCUGCCUUAUACUGUAGACUCAGGAUUAUAGGCAAUUAAAAUGUUAAAAGUUUAAAUGUU